AUGAAGGACAUUAAUCCGAACUUCUUUUACGCGGUGAAGUUGGACGAGGAGUGUAAAUUUAAGAGCGCGGUAUGGGUUGAUGCAAGGUGUAGGGCGUCCUAUGAAUACUAUGGAGACGUCGUGUCAGUUGAUAGCACGUACAGUACAAAUAGGCAUGGAUUACCGUUUGUGUCGUUCGUUGGGGUCAACCACCAUGGUAAGUCGACCCUCCUCGGUUGUGCUUUGUUGGGUAAUGAGGAAAUCACAAGUUAUGAGUGGGUUUUUAGCCAAUGGGUGAAGUGCAUAAAAACUGCUCCACAGUGUAUCAUAACCGAUCAAUGUCGAUCCAUUUACCGUGCGAUCAAAAAUACUUUACCCGACACACGCCACCGGUGGUGCAUCUGGCAUAUUAUGAAUAAGUUACCUUCCAAGCUUGGGGGUUACCGCCGGUACGGAGCUUUGUAUGGUGACCUAAACGACAUUGUGUGGAACUCUCAGACCGAGGAGUCAUUUGAAGAUAAGUGGGCUGAUUUUAUAGAUGAGUACAACUUACAUGACAACACAUGGCUGUCAGAUCUAUAUGAUGACCGACGCAUGUGGGUCCCAAUAUACUUCAAGGGUAAAUUUUGGGCAGCAAUGCGGAGUACGCAAAGGAGUGAGAGCAUGCACACAUUCUACGGUGGAUACUUAUACAGUAAAACUAGCUUGGUUCAAUUUGUUCACGAAUAUGACAAUGUGCUUGGAGUCAUGGAGCAGAGGGAACUGGAGGAUGAUGCUGCAGACUCGAGGGGGGCUAAUUGCAGAGUUUCUGCAGUUGAUGAACAGGGUCCAUUGGUCUGCGUGAAGGUGGAAGAGGAGAAACUAGUCAACGAUACUAUUCUAUGUGUUCCAUACGAUGUUCACUUUGACCGUUCCACACAGGAGCUUCGUUGUGAGUGCAAUCUUUUUGAGAGUUCAGAGUUCGUUGGUGACGAUGAUGAAAUAGCAUUGCUGCAUGUUGCUUUGGAAGAAACAAGGGCCAAGUUGGCUGCGCACCGUGCCAAAAAGAGGUCCGAGAGCGUGUCAGAUACCCAGACCAACAUUGGCUCACAGAGUUCGAACGAUGUUGGUAUUGAUGACAUCCAAGGCCCAUCGAAGGUCACCACAAAAGGCAAGCCAAAGAGUAAGAGGCUCGGCUAUGCCCUUGAGAAGUCCUUCAAGAAUUCAAGACGGAGAAAACAAAAGAAUUCAUCCCCGGUGGUUCGUCCGCACGCAUUUCAAGAUAUAAACCAUGGUGUUAUUGCUGGCUUGAAUUUUCCCGACCAAGCCGGUGGUUUCAUGUCUUUGUUAAGCUCCUUCAACAAAAAGUAG